UAUCAGGGAGCCUGCUUCAACGCAGAGUGACGUCAGUGGAGCUCAGAGUCCAAAUAAGUCUUACUCUGAGGUCGGUGGUAAUUCAGAGCCUAUUUUUGGCUUGAUCGAACAUUGUCACUUGGACAAACCAAAAAAGACGGUUACCUUAAGCGAUCUAUUGAUUCAGGCAAAAGGUCCCGACCGAAGCCUUCUCUGUCGACGAAUUCUCGCCAGAGGUCCUGAUCUCAGUCUCCAUCGGGGCCCUAAUUCUUCCCUGGCCAACGGUCCCAAUCCCGCUCUUUUGAGGAAAAAUCGAUCCUAA